AUGGACUCCAAUCUAAGCAGCAAUUCCAGCCUGUGCUCCAGCAGUGAAGAGGAUGAUCCACAAACCUCACUGGAUGUGCUGGUCCCUCAGAUCCUGAGACGCGUGUUCAUAGAUAACAAGACAGCUAAAUUGGUGGAGUUCUUGCUCCUGAAGUAUCAAAAGACACAGCAGGUCACUAAGGCAGAAAUGCUGCACUCUGUAGACCACAAUUACCAUGAGCACUUCCCUGUGAUCUUCAAGGAAGUCUGUGAGUGCAUGUGUCUUUGCUUUGGCAUUGAUGUUAAGGAGAGAGAUCCCCCUGGCCACAUGUAUGACCUUGUCCCUAUCUUGGGCCUCACUUAUAAAGGGAUAAUGGUUGAUGAUCGUAUUAUUCCCAAAAUUGACCUCCUGGUAGUGCUCUUGAUUGUCAUCUUUGUAAAGGGUAACUGUGCCAGUGAGGAGGAUGUAAGGGAAGUACUGAAAAUGAGGCAGAUGUUACCAAAGAGGGAGAACUUUCCUACAGGGGACCGGUGGAAAUUUGUCACCGAGGAUUUAGUACAGGAACAGUACAUAGAGUGUCGGCAGGUGCCCAAUAGUGAUCCUGCUCGCUAUGAGUUUCUGUGGGGUCCAAGGACCCACGCUGAAACCAGCAAGAUGAAAGUCCUGGAGCAUAUAGCUAAGGUUAAUAAGAUCGAUCCCCGGUCCUGCCCAGUUCUAUAUGAUCAAGCUUUGAGGGAGGAGAUAGAGGCUGCCAUGGAUGAGUUAGAGGUCGUUCAGGAUGCAGAGUGA